AUGCUACCUUCCAGCAGGUUUAUUAUCCUCAUUUUAUUCUUCAAAUUAAACACCGUAUGGGCUGACGAUACCGACGAGCUGAUGCCAGCAGAUGUUGCGCGUCAAAUAAAAGAAUGUGCUGAUGCCUGCCAAGGAUAUCGAAAGACAUUGUUUAACUUUAUGACAGAGAUGAACACAACUUCUUAUGAGUUAGCACAAAAAGAGUUUUUCACCUGUCAAACAAAGUGUCCUCGAUGCUCCCUACAGAAUGCAGCUGAUGCCAUGGGAUCUAUCCAAGAGUUUUCACCUGCCUUUUCGAUAGAAAAUAGAGGAUAUAUCAGGUGGAAACAAACAAACAUUAUCCCUUCUAUUGAACUCUGUGUAUCGCAAUGGAAUCGUUCUGCUAUAUUUGGCUGUGACCGGAAUCCUGUUGAAUUAUACACAUCCGAUUGUAUACUAGGAUAG